CCACUCGUUUACAUACUGAAAUUGCGAUCUGAGCAAUCAUUUUCGGCGAUGGAAUUCUGGAGAAGGAAGAAGGAGAAGCGCAAGGCGAGAGAGUGUUUUCUCGAAAACGGAAGCACGUUUCUUGAGGAUCUCAUCGCCGACUGUAACGGCAUAUCAAACCCUAUCCGAAUGUUCUCUUCCGAUCAAAUCUCCAAGGCCACGAAUCACUCCGAUCCCCAGUGGUUGGGUUCUUUCUCUGAGUACUUCAUCGGCGUAAUCGAAGGCAGAUCAUACGCGAUCAAGAAACUUAUAUACUAUAGAGAUAAGUGGGAACCAGAGAGUUACAAGGAUAUAGUCAUAUCUGCUCGGGUAAGCAAUCACAGUGGUUUCCUCAAACUCAAAGGAUGCUGUCUCGAAUUUCCUUAUCCGGUCGUGGUGUUUGAGAAGCCAGAGUAUGGAGUUUUGAACCAUGGAGGAAGUGUUGGUGGCGAGGACGAGCCGUUGUUGCCUUGGAAUGUUCGAUUGAAGAUUGCCAAGGAGGUUGCGAUCGCUAUUACUUAUCUUCACACGGCUUUUCCCAGGAUCAUUAUACACAGAAAUAUCAAUCCAAAGAGUGUUGUGUUGGAUAAGAAUUGGACGGCUAAGCUGACUAAUUUCUCGAUUUCCGUAAUACUCCCAGAAGGGAAGACGUGGGUCGUAGAUAGGGUGACAGGAACUCUCGGAUACUUAGAUCCGGUUUAUUACCAUUCGGGAAUUGUGACAGAAUACACAGAUGUGUACAGCUUUGGAAUCCUUAUGUUGGUUCUUCUUACGGGAAUACCAGCAUUGGGUCCUGAAGGUAGCAUUCUUCGUUAUAUAAAGGAUUUGCAGGAGAGAGGAGAAACUAUUGAAUUCGGGGGUGAUUCCAACGACAUGAGGCUUGCUGGUCAGAUGAAAAUGUUUCUUGAGCUAGCAUUGAGAUGCUGCGAGGAAAGGAUUGAAGACAGGCCAAAGAUGAUCUUGGUGGCAAAAGAGCUUAAGCGAAUUGAAAAAUUACUCGAUUGUUAAACCCUCCUGAGAUGCUGCAAAUUUGGAUCUGAGGAUGGUCAGGAAUGAGUUUAGAAGGUAAAUAAAUCCAUCUUCAGGUUCAGAAAGCAGGCAGAAUAUGAAAGAUGGUUCUGGUUUUCAGAAAAGCUCAGUGUUGUACUAUGGAGUAGUUCUUAGCUUUCGAUUUAGAUCCCAAAGCAGGAGCCAUAGUUUCGAGAACUAGCUUAAAAUUAUUCUCAUUGGAAUUGUUUAUCUCGAUUAGGAUACAACGCUGAAACCUCAUGAAAGUUUUUGUGUUGAUCAUUGAGUGAGUUUCAAACUCGUUGACUUGAAAAAAGUUGACUUUCUGAAACUUCAAUGGCGUCAGAUUCAGCAUUAUUAUACUGUUAUAUAUU